AUGAAUCCAAACAACUGGCUCCCUUUCCCUCCUCCAACUCAUUCUUCAUUGCCACCACAUUUACAGUAUUCUCAAUCCCACCACUUCAAUCUGAGUUUAAUGAAUGAUAGUAUGGAAAAUCCAUUCCAUGUCCAAGAAUGGAACCUGAUAAACAGCCACGACACAAGCGAAGCUCCCCCCAAGGUUGAAGAUUUCCUCGGAGUAUCUAAACCCCAAAGCCCAUCCUCGGAUCUUGUUGGCUUCAACAACGUCUAUGAGUUCCAUGAAAAUACCGGCAACUUGCACUCACUGACGUUAUCUAUGGGCAGUGGCGGCAAGGGCGGCUCGGCCUGUGAAACCGGUGGUGAGAAUGGUUCGAGUAUCGUUGAAACACCCCCUGCUAGAAGAAGUGUCGACACUUUUGGGCAAAGAACAUCCAUUUACCGUGGCGUAACAAGGCAUAGAUGGACUGGAAGAUAUGAAGCUCAUCUUUGGGACAACAGCAGCAGGAGAGAAGGGCAAUCAAGGAAAGGACGACAAGUCUACUUGGGCGGCUAUGACAAAGAAGAGAAAGCAGCCAGGGCUUAUGAUCUUGCUGCACUAAAGUACUGGGGAACAUCCACCACCACUAAUUACCCGAUUAGUAACUAUGAGAAGGAGAUGGAAGAUAUGAAGAACAUGACUAGACAAGAAUUUGUGGCCGCAAUUCGAAGAAAGAGCAGUGGUUUCUCAAGGGGCGCAUCCAUGUACCGUGGAGUCACAAGACAUCAUCAGCAAGGCAGAUGGCAAGCGAGGAUUGGAAGAGUUGCAGGCAACAAGGAUCUUUACUUGGGAACUUUCGGUACAGAAGAGGAAGCUGCCGAAGCUUAUGAUAUUGCAGCAAUUAAGUUCAGAGGACUAAACGCAGUGACCAACUUCGAGAUGAAUCGGUACGAUGUAAAAGCCAUCCUCGAGAGCAAUGCAUUGCCCGUAGGAGGAGGAGCUGCUAAACGGCUAAAGGAAGCUCAAGCACUUGAAGAAUCAUCAAGGAAACGUGAAGAAAUGAUAGCUAUUGGUUCAACUACUUUCCCGUAUGGAAACCCUGGCACGAGCAGGCUUCAGACUUACCCUGUAAUGGGAGAACCAUUCGAGACACCUCAACAACCAUUGCUAACUUUGCAAAACCACGACUUUAACGCUCAAUACACUCAAGACUAUGUUCAAACACAGUUGCAGUUGCACCAUCAAUCUUGGGGUUAUGAUUUGCACCAGUCGAGCCAGGAUUCUCAAUUCUACAACGGGUACAUCCAGAACAAUCCGGGUUUUCUCCAGGGGUUGAUGAUGAACAUGGGGUGUUGUUCACCAUCUGUUGUGGAUAACAAUGGAAGCUCUAGUGGGAGCUAUAAUGGGAUUGGGAUGGCUUCCAACUCGACAGCAGUGGGGUCAACGGAAGAGCUGGCAUUAGUUAAGGUUGAUUAUGACAUGCCUUCUGAGGGCUAUGGUGGCUGGUCUGGGGACUCGGUUCAGGGCUCUAAUCCUGGCGUUUUCUCGACGUGGAAUGACUAA